UGGGCCCCUAUACCGCCUCCUCAUGCUGCUGCCAGGCCCCUAAAUCUGCCAUGGGCCCCUAGUACCGCCUCCUCAUGCUGCUGCAGGUCAGAGUCUCCAUGGGGUCCAGUACGGCCUCCCAUUGCUGCUGUCUGCCUUGCCAUGUGCCACUUUCAGGUCUUCCUCACACUGCUGGUGUGUUCCAUUUUUUGUCAUAGGGUGCUGGCAGAUUACGGGCCUCCCAUAGCUGCUGCCAGGCCCCUAAUCUGCCAUGGGCCCCUAUACCGCCCGCCUCCUCAUGCUGCUGCCAGGUCCAGAGUGUCUCUCAUGGUCCAUGUGCCACUUUCAGGUCUCCUCACACUGCUGGUGUGUUAUUUCAGGUUGUGACAAGGGUGCUGGCAGAUUACGGGCCUCCCAUAGCUGCUGCCAG